AUCAAGGCUGCCAUGUACGCGACCAAGCCGCUGUCUCUGUUCAAGAGCCACCCGGAUGCGGCGUCCCAGCCGCCGCCGGAGGGCCCGAACUCGGGCUACAUCGUGGUGAAGGGCGACGACGACGGGGAGGACGGUGAGACGUGCUGCUGGGGGCAGUGCGGCGGGACGCGCGUGCGGGACCUCCCCUUCCCGCAGGACCGCGUGCUCACGCUCCGCUACACGGAGCACCACGGGGAGAGCAGCUCCACCUACACCGACUCCGUCGUCUUCGUGCCCGUCCCCGACACGCCCCUCGCCUCCAACCGCUACUACGCCGUGAUCGCCACGGGGAAGCACAAGGGGCUCGUCAGGACUUGCUCCAGCGAGGAGGACAUGGCUGCAUGCUGUUUCUGCCGCUGCAUCAGCGACGUGGAGCCGCGCCCGUUCGACCCGGCCGACGUCUACCAGCAGAUCGAAAUCGUCCAGCGACGUCGCGGGCGGUUCACGGCCAGGGCCGUGGCGGCUGACGGCUUCCCGCACUUCCUCUACCGCAAGAAGUACUGGCGCGUGUACGCCUCCAAAGCCAAGAACCACUUCGACCUCGGCGACGCGCCGGGCAUCAACGCGGCGCUCCGGUCGCGCCAGCUCGCCGACGCGAGCCUCCCGACGGCGAUGCCAACGGUUGUCGGGAAAUGGUACUGCCCGUUCUAUCUCAUCAUAGAAGACUGCAUGUCCCGGUCGCAGCAGAUGGACCGCGGAGUGUUCUACGAGGUGGUGCUGGAGCAGCGCUGGGAGACGACGGUCGGGGACGAAAUCCAUGGAGGAUCGAGGCUGUGCAGCACGAGGGUGCUCUACGGCGGGGACGUGGAGGCGAGAGGCGCCCACCUGCACACCGACGGUUACGUGUUCUUCAGGGUUGGGCCCGCGCUGAGCGUGAUUGUGCACGCGAGCCUGUGGGACAGGAUGCGAUCGGAGGCGUACAGGGGAGGGUGGGUCGACGAGGAGGAAGAUGCCGGGAAGGUGGCCGGCCGGUCGGUGCUGGUGGAGAGGUUCGUGGUGAAGAGGAUGGACGGGAGCGUGGUGGCGGACUUUGACUUUCUGCACUUCAACAAGGUCAGAGGAAAGCAGACGUGA